AUGGCGGCUUCGCAUAAUGUAUUCCGCGGUUCCCAGUCAGUAGCCCAGUAUUUUGAUCCGGAAUGUAAUCCUCCUUUGCCUUUGGUUGAGAUACCAGAUCGUCUCAACCCGUUUCGGAGUGACAAUGUUCGGAUAUACGCAAAGAUGCUCACCUGCCUGCCGGCUCAGAACGUCAAGUCACUGCCUGCCCUGCAAAUGUUGCGUAAGGAACCAAGGGCACAGAGCCGGACGAUUGCAGAAGCAAGCUCUGGUUCAACAGUCUUGUCGUUGGGCAUACUUGCCCGGGUUCUAUGGGGAAAUAAGGACGUCGAAGCCCAUGUAACGAACAAGAAGUCCGCUGAAUCGUUGAAUCUAUUACGAUUCUUUGGCAUCAAGCCAUGUCUCUAUGGCGGGUUGGCGCAACAAGAGCCUACUGAUCCAACAGGAAUUAUGGCCAGAUUGAGAAGAAAAGCGGCCUCAAGUGACCACAUAGUGUAUCUAUGUCAGUACGACAACCAUGACAACUGGAAAGCGCACGAGACGUGGACCGGACCUCAAAUUCUCCGUCAGCUUCCAGAAAUCAACAUAUUUAGUACCACGGUCGGAACAGGAGGCUGUAUAACCGGCACGGGUGUGUAUCUGAAAUCUCAGAAACCGUCCACCAAAGUCUUAGGCGUGUUCAAUGUCUUUGGAGAUCCGACUCCGGGCCCGAGGUAUUUCGAUGGUUUUCAAAGCUCCGCUUUCCCGUGGCAGGAGACGGUUGACUCACGCGUGGAAGUAUCAUCAACAGAUGCCUAUCGAAUGUCAAUGAUGCUAUCACGGGAGGGUCUGAUUUGUGGUCCUUCGUCGGGAGAGGCACUUCACGGUCUUCUAGAGUACCUCCAAAAUUCGAAGAACUCAGGAAGCCUGGCGGAGCUGGCUGAUGAGCAGACGAAAGAAAUUUCGUGUGUUUUCACUUGCUCCGACCUACCUUAUCAAUACCUACCCGGCUACUUUGAAAGACUCAACGUCGAUGAGUUUCCGCCAAUUGAGAAUGAGAUAUUACUGCAGUGCGACCAAGAUAAGCAUGACCCGCGAUGGAUCUUGGAUAGUGAGCAGGCAUUCAAGCUACUGAGUGCUGUAGCUGAUCAUGGAUCGGAUGACGAGGUUAAAUCAAUGCUCACCAGCCUCAACGUCUCUAUACAACGUCUGGAGAAGCCCGUCGAACGCCACAAUCGCCGCAGUGGCCUGUCAAUAUACUUCGGAUGUUGGCGUCGUUCGCUACACAUGUGCAAAAGACGUAUUAGAACAAGGAAGCCGCAGCCAGUGCAUCAACGCGCCUUACCAGGUUCAUCCACAGUCAUCCUAGACCUCCGGAAUCGCAAGGAUUACGAUAAACUUCACAUCCCUGGUUCGCUCUCCGCGCCACUACCAGGGCUUUUACACAGUCUUGGGGGUGGAGACCUCUUUGGCGAUGCACACGCUGUUCAUUUGCUAUGGACGAGCAUGCAGAAGUGGUUACAAGGUGCUGAGCUGUUGCAAACCUUUGCUAGAGCUGUCCAAGACCAUGGACGGAUCGUUGUGCUAUGUUACGAUGGUCUUGCUUCCCAGCUGGUUAAUUCUGCCAUCCGGCAGAAAGGUAUCGAGGCUUUCACGGUCAGGGGAGGAUUUGGAGCGUUGUGGUCACGGUGUCAAGAGCAUGCUGCAAUCUUUGAAUGUCGAUAG